AUGAAUGUGUGGCAUCCAGGUGCUUUGUUGUGCAAGCGGUCUCAGGAGCACCAUGGUCACCACACAUUUCCUGCUGAAGAGGUUGCCCUGGAGGACCAGGAGAAGCUCCAGAAAGCUCUGGACAAGCUGAGGAAGCAGCAACAGAAUGCUGGGAAGUUGGAAGCUGACUUCAGGGAAGAGAUAUCUUCCUGGAAGGAUCAAAUAGAAAAUGAUAUCCAAAGUAUCCAGGAUUGUUUUAAACCACUGAAAGGCAUCUUGGACCCUGAAGAGCAGAAGGGGCUGCAAAAGCUGGAGAAGGAGGAGGGAGAUAUUCUCUGUGUCCUGGGACAGACUGAAAGUGAGCUGGUCUAGGAGAGCCAGUUGUUGAAAGAUCUCAUCUCAGAUCUGGAGCAUCGGUUGCAGGGGUCAAUGAGGAAGAUUCUGCAUGGAAUGAAUAGCAUCAUGGAGAGAUAUCUUAAGACCUCUCUGAAGGAGCUGAAAAUUCUCUCCAAGAAUCAAAGAAGAGUGUUCCAAGCUCCUGAUGUGAGUGGGAUGCUGCACGUGUUUAACGUUCAUUCUGCUUUUGACUCAUGGUGUAAAAAGGAGCAAGCUUUUCCCAUAGGAAGUGAGGAAAGUGCACGACGAUGGAGGUGUGAGGGUUACCCAGAGAAAGGCUACACGGGAAGAGCACCAUCUGUUGACCUCCUGGGUGCUGGUAACUUGUCACUGACACAGUUGUGCCACCAUUAUGUCUGGAAGGCUUCUCGUCUGGCCUGCCAAGGCCAGGAACGAAAGCCGCUAAUUAACUGGUGGACUGCGAAGUUCAAUGCGGUUGUGGAAGAAUUUCCUUAG